CACUGCGCAUGCGUCCUCCGGCUGGGCCAUUAUUUUGUCCUCCUCAAGCUUCAAAUGAACAACAGGCUAAGCGUUCCUUGAAAUGAAUUAAAUAUUUAUAGACGCAGGGAGCAUUUAAUCUUCUUGUUCGUCACAAAUGGAGUCUCUCGGUUAACAGCUUGUUGUCUCGCCGGCACACUCAGUCCUCCGUUGGACUCGGAGGCCGAAAACAGAGCGCGGAGUGACAGCCCCGUUAAAGCCAGCAGACUGGGUGUUUAUCUAGUUGGCUAGCCACCUAGCUAGCUUCCUAGACGGCUAAGAGGGGAGGAAACACCCGAAAGGACCAUUCGGUAACCUCGGAAAGACAGAGCUGUGGCUGUCCCGGUCCCGUCCAACCGGCAGAGAGGAUGGCACACCUUCGAGACAUGCAGAACCAGAAUACCCGGUUGGACCCCGAGGAGUACUUCACCAAGCAGGAGCGGAUCGGGAAGGGGUCCUUCGGGGAGGUCUACAAAGGCCUCAACAACCGCACAAAGGAGGUGGUGGCCAUUAAAAUUAUAGAUCUGGAGGAGGCGGAGGACGAGAUCGAAGACAUUCAACAGGAGAUCACGGUGCUGAGCCAGUGUGAUAGUCCAUUCGUUACCAAGUAUUAUGGAUCCUACCUGAAGGGGACCAAGCUGUGGAUUAUCAUGGAGUAUUUAGGUGGAGGAUCUGCUCUGGAUCUGCUGCGUCCAGGGCCUCUUGAAGAGACUUACAUUGCUACUAUACUGAGAGAAAUCCUGAAGGGGCUGGAGUAUCUGCACUCGGAAAGGAAGAUCCACAGAGAUAUCAAAGCUGCCAACGUGCUGCUGUCGGAGCAGGGCGAGGUGAAGCUGGCAGAUUUCGGGGUGGCGGGUCAGCUGACGGACACUCAGAUUAAGAGGAACACGUUUGUGGGCACGCCUUUCUGGAUGGCUCCGGAGGUGAUCAAGCAGUCGGCCUACGACUUCAAAGCUGAUAUCUGGUCUCUGGGUAUCACUGCUAUCGAGCUGGCUAAAGGGGAACCUCCUAACUCUGACCUCCACCCCAUGAGGGUCCUCUUCCUCAUCCCCAAAAACACUCCACCCACACUGGAGGGCCCCUACAGCAAGCCCUUCAAAGAGUUUGUGGAGGCCUGUCUAAAUAAAGACCCUCGUUUUAGGCCGACAGCCAAAGAGCUCGUAAAGCACAAGUUCAUCACGCGCUACACCAAGAAGACAGCCUACCUGACGGAGCUCAUCGACCGCUACCGCCGUUGGAAGUCGGAGGGCCAUGGGGAGGAAUCCAGCUCCGACGACUCGGAUAUGGAUGCUGAUGGAGAUGUGGACACGUGUCCCAUGUGGACCUUCCCCACAGUCCGACCCACCACUCUGAGCAAACUACAGAAAGGCUACACACACACAGAUUCAGAGUCAGGAGACUCGGUGAAAAGGCAACCCAAGUCACAGUGCUUGUCUGCUUUGGUAACACCCAUCUUCAGAGAGCUGAAGGAGAAGCGGCGGGCGAAUGGGGGGGGCGUAGGAGCCAUCGAGGAGCUGGAGAACGCCUUCAACCUGGCUGAAGAGUCGUGCCCGGGCAUCUCCGACCGCCUGGUCACACACAUGAUGGAGAGGGUGUGCAGGUUUUCUUUAAAUGGUAACACCACCCCUUCUUCGCGGUGAAACCCCAGCUGGAUGUAACUCAACCCUCCCCCCUUCCUUUUUCUGUCUCCCAGACCCCCCCCCCCCCCCCCGCCUCUGAUAAGGACCACAGAAGACCCCCACCAACACCGACCACCCCUCGUAUCUUUGCACCUUUCCCAGUUCUGUCCCCCCCCCCCGAGAGAUCUUUUAAUUAGUUAUAAUUAAAUAUUUUUACAGUUUUUUCUUUAAGAGCGGAGAGUAUUUAAAACAAAAAAGCCAUGACAUUUAGAGCGUUGUGUAUACCUGUUAGAUUGAGAAGAAAAAACUAUAAUAAAGUCUAUGGAAAAUGUCA